AUGGCACCAAAGAAGAGCACCAAGACGUCCGACAACAUCAACGCCAAGCUUGCCUUGACUAUCAAGUCCGGUAAGGUCACUCUUGGUUACAAGUCGACCCUCAAGACCCUCCGCUCCGGCAAGGCCAAGCUCGUCAUCAUCGCCGGCAACACCCCUCCUCUCCGCAAGUCUGAGCUCGAGUACUACAGCAUGUUGGCCAAGACCGCUGUCCACCACUUCUCCGGCAACAACAUUGAGCUCGGCACUGCCUGCGGAAAGCUCUUCCGUUGCUCCACCAUGGCUAUCCUCGACGCUGGUGACUCCGACAUCCUUAGCUCGCAGGUCGCAUAA